AUGGCAAAGGACAAAGGAAAGAAGAAGGCUCUUCAGCCUGUAACCCGUGACUACACAAUCCAUCUACACAAACUGGUCCACAGGGCUUCUUUCAAGAGAAAGGCACCAACAGCCAUAAAGAAGAUCAAGGAGUUUGCCUCCAAGGCCAUGAAGACUAAGGAUGUGCGCAUAGACAGCACACUUAAUCGCUUCAUCUGGUCUAACGGUAUCAGGAAUCUGCCUCGCCGCGUGCGUGUCAGAGUAUCGCGCAAACGCAACGACGACGAUGACGCAAAGGAGCCUAUGUUCACACUCGUACAACACGUACCCGUUGAGGACUUCACAGGCCUCCAAACCGAAGUAGUUGCCAGCGAAUAA